AUGGCAUACGCGCCGGGCAGCAGAGCUGCAGGAUGUGGGUGGGUACAUAUUCCAGGAGAGCUCGAUGAGCCCCAGCACCAGCCACCUGAGCAGAUAUGUGAGCCAGCGUGCAGGCGUGGCCCACAGCAGGUAGGGCAGUGUGUGAAAAUACCAGACAUAGAACUGGUAGUGAAGGGUGCGGCUGAAGCAGACGCCAAAGAAGUUGGAAGUGAAGAGGGUAGAAAUGAUCUGGUUUUGCCCCUUCUCAUUCAUGAAACCACACAAAUGAGUAAUAAUGUGACUGAGUUCAUUCUGAUUGGGUUGACACAGGAUCCCUUUUGGAAGAAAAUAGUGUUUGUCACUUUCUUACUUUUAUAUUUGGGGACGUUGUUGGGUAACUUGCUGAUUGUUACUACCAUCAAGACCAGCCGGGCACUUGAGAGCCCAAUGUACUUCUUCCUUUUCUACUUAUCCUUAUCUGAUGCCUGCUUGUCUACUUCAACCGCCCCUAGAAUGAUUGUGGAUGCUCUUAUGAAGAAGGCCACUAUCUCUUUCAGCGAGUGCAUUAUCCAAGUCUUUACAACCCAUUUCUUUGGCUGCCUGGAGAUCUUCAUCCUCAUCCUCAUGGCCGUUGACCGCUAUGUGGCCAUCUGUAAGCCCCUGCACUACAUGACCAUCAUGAGCCACCGUGUCUGUGGUGUGUUGGUGGCCGUUGCCUGGGUGGGGUCCUGUGUGCAUUCUUUAGCUCAGAUUUUUCUUGCCUUGAGUUUGCCGUUCUGUGGUCCCAACGUCAUUGAUCACUAUUUCUGUGACUUGCAGCCCUUGUUGAAACUGGCCUGUUCAGACACCUACGUGAUCAAUCUACUUUUGGUUUCCAAUAGCGGGGCCAUUUGUACAGUGAGUUUUGUCAUGCUGAUGUUCUCCUAUGUGUUCAUCUUGCGAUCUCUGAGAAAUCACAGUGCUGAA